GGACAAUCGAUGUGAUAGGGCCAGGCUGAACUUAUUGUACAUAAGCAUGCGUAGUAGUUGUUUGUGUACAUUUAUGUACAUAUCAGUUACACCGUUGGGGUUUGGAGCAUUUGGCCGUAUGUCGGAUUAAUCCUAGAAUGUCGCCCAUUUCUUCGUGAUCAUUCAACGUUCUUGUUCCUGUUAUUUACCGGUUCACUUUUUAUUUCAGUAAUAAAUUGUGACAUCAUUUUCCCCGGAGUCAGAUAAUCAGUGAAUGAUAGAAUUUCCGGGAUCUGGUGUGUCCGUUCAAGAUUUCUAAGAGAAUGACAAAAAAAUAUGGACUCAAUAAUCACGCUUAUUCUGAUGAGAAAAAUGAAUUACCUCGCGUGGAUAAACAGACAGAAGGAGAUUACGGGUACAGGGAAAACUCGAAGAACUUGGACAAAGAAAACAAACUGGUAAUUUCAGGUUUUUAACAGAAAUUUAAGACAACAGUUGACCAUUAUAAAAAUUUUUGGAAAUAAAACUCAACAAAAUCAUAUAACGUUUUUUUGUAUUUAAAUGUAUUGCAAAAAGGUUGACAUGCUCAAAGCUUCAGAACCUUACUCUCUAACGUGAAACAUGUAUCUGAGGAUUUUUGUAACAAGACUUUUAAAAACUUCCUAAUACAUUUGAACAAUCAGUGUGUUAGUGUUUCGUAUGUAAUAGGUGUUUUUGGGUUGGCCUGAGAGGACAGUGGUCGGCAAACACAUUAGUCAGAAGAGCCAAAAAGUCAGCAGCAGGACGAUUAAAUUUUUGUUGAGGCCCAAUUUUCUUUUCAAGAAACUUUCAAGAGCCAAGUUUGCCGGAGUCGAAACCAAUUUUAUGGCCGACUGACCGAACCGCACUCAGGUCGUUAGAGAGCCGGAUGUGGCUCGCGACCCGCGAUUUGCCGACCACUGCACUAGAGUACUAGGGAUUCUUAUCUUAUCCUUUAAGUAUGGAGUGUGUCGUAUAUAAUACGGUUGUUAGGUGGUGCCCAGAGUACUAGGGAUUUUAACUAUACUAUUCCUUUAAGUCAGAUAAAUUUGAGCAUAUCCCUACUAGUUUUAUUUUUUUUUUAAAAGUAUCAACACUGUUUAAUAUCAUUUCUACUCCCCGCCCCACCCCCAGGUUGACGUGACGUCAGCCCAUGUCGACGACGCGGAGGAAGACGACGAUGACGUAGAUAUCUCCUGCGGUAUCUGGAAUUUCAGGACGAAUGUCUUCGGUCGUUACUUCUCUAACCUCUACGUGUUCUCCGUGUGUGUGGGGAUAGCCGCACUGUUCUCUACCAUGGUGGAUCGAAUCAUCCCCGUCCAGGUGAGUGCCUGUGCAGAGUGACCGGGUGAGCGUUACGAAAUUACACUUCACGACUUUUAAAAAAAGAAUUAAAAAUGAAUAAAAACGUUAUAUAUCUUAGAAGUGCGUCAUUUUCUAAUAUGCAUGAAAAUGUCAAAUCUCAAGUUAAAUUUUCAGCCACUGAAAUCGAAUCUCCGUAAUUUCCGUUACGCUUUCACGGGACGGUGACCACAGAUUGACGUUGAAGGAUACAGCAAAUUAUAAAUCCGUUCCCCAAAAAUUGUACACUAACAUUACCACGCCUGUCAACAGUUGGCAAACCUAAAAUGUUAAAUGCAAAAUUAUGUGUACUUUCCAAAUAUACUUAUAAUAGAAAGGUGAUCACUCUUCAAUCACGUGAUAAUUUUUUAUUUUUUUUUUUGGACCGGAUAAGGCCAUUAUUCACUAAUCAACUACCGUAUUUUCCCGAUUAUAAGACGGACCUAAUUAUAAGACGCACCCGUAUAUAAGACGGACCUAAUUAUAAGACGCAACCGUAUAUAAGACGGACCUAAUUAUAAGACGCAACCGUAUAUAAGACGGACCUAAUUAUAAGACGCAACCGUAUAUAAGACGAACCAAAUUAUAAGACGCACCCGUAUAUAAGACGGACCUAAUUAUAAGACGCACCCGUAGUUAAGACGCGGGUUUUGACGAUGUGUGUAAACAUCAAUUAGACGAGACGCACGCGGCCGGGCCGUCAGCCGCACUGAGCAACUUGUAUCCGGUGGUUCCCUUUCCUUUAUCAUGAAUGAACAUUUUGUCCAGCGUUUCAUCACCCGUCGGAUGGGAACACGGUUUCAUUACCAUUUUUUUAGUUGACCUGUAGAUCAAAGCAUUGUAGGAGGCAGGGCCGCAAUAACGAUUUGUGUAAAAAAAAAUUUUUUUUUACAUAAGACGCAUCCAUAUUUAAGACGCACCCUGGGUGCGAGGUUCGUAAACUUCGUAUAAGACGCGUCUUAUGUACGCGAAAAUACGGUAAAUUGUUGCCCUAUGAUGAUAGGUUACAUGUAAAUACAUACCAUAUAAUCACACAUGAACUAUUUACCUUUGCAAUACUUUAUUACAUCAGUUAUAUACAGUAAAUGUACUUUAACAAUUCAUAUAAUGUUAUAAAGCGCUUACUCGACCCAUUCGAUCCUCAUUGAGUCAUGUCAUUCUCUAAAGUAAGUAGUCACCUGUGUUGGGGGGAAAUUCGAAUUCAGAAUUUAAACCCAAUGCAAUAAUGAUGACGUCAGAUGUAUGAAGUUUCGGACGAGUGUAACCUUAGCGUUCUUGCGACAGGCUUUUUAACCAACGGUCAGAUUUGAAUUUAACAUUUAAAUCCUUUAAUCCCCUACCCCCCCCCCUCCUUUCCCAGCUCAAGUCCUUGGAGAAACAGUUCAAUAUCGACAAUGCCAAGGCAGGGCUGCUGACGACGGGUAGCAAAAUGGGCCUCAUGUCAACCAUCCUAUAGUGUAACCUUAGCGUUCUUGCGACAGGCUUUUUAACCAACGGUCAGAUUUGAAUUUAACAUUUAAAUCCUUUAAACCCCUCCCCCCCCCCCCCUCCUUUCCCAGCUCAAGUCCUUGGAGAAACAGUUCAAUAUCGACAAUGCCAAGGCAGGGCUGCUGACGACGUGUAGCAAAAUUGGCCUCAUGUCAACCAUCCUAUUCGCUGGUCAUUUCACAAGGGUAAGUACCCUCUCUCAUGUUUUUAGUUCAUAGAGAUGCUGUGCCAAUGUGUGGGUGUUUUUUUUUCCCCUCCACUUUUAUUGUAUAAAAUUAACCUGCUCAUAUUAUAUAUUUAAUAUGAAAAUUUGUGCAAAGCCACCAAAUGAGAUGGCAGACUCGGCGCAAUAUCUAGUGUCUUUAUUUUAAAUACUGGGUAGCAGUGUAAAGAGUCCUAGUCUUAGUCAUUUAUAUGGCAAGAGCGUCCAGGUCAUGGAAUGAGAAGCGUGUUGUGUAUCCUGAUUUUGACUAUCCUGUUAAGGGAACCAGUGUGAACUCUUGUCAUGUGGUGGGUGGAUUUUUGGGGGGUUCAAAUUUGGAGAGAAAGAUUUGAGAGACGUACAGAGAGAGAAGAGUUGUUUUUGGUUAGAUUCAUGGAGGGGCUUUUGGCCUGGUAUUCAUAUUCUGCUGGAGGUAACUAAGAAGUAAUUUCGAUUGUGUACCAAGUGGAUUUCUUAGUGCAGUGUAAAUGACCGCUCAAUGGUGUGAUGAAGUGAAAUAAACGUAUGACAUGAGAAUGAACUAUUCCAUGGCGUGAUGAAGUGAAAUAAACGUAUGACAUGAGAAUGUACUAUUCAAUGGUGUGAUGAAGUGAAAUAAACGUAUAACAUGAGAAUGAACUAUUCAAUGGCGUGAUGAAGUGAAAUAAACGUAUGACAUGAGAAUGAACUAUUCAAUGGUGUGAUAAAGUGAAAUAAACGUAUGACAUGAGAAUGAACUAUUCAAUGGUGUGGUGAAGUGAAAUAAACGUAUAACAUGAGAAUGAACUAUUCAUUGGUGUGAUAAAGUGAAAUAAACGUAUGACAUGAGAAUGAACUAUUCAAUGGUGUGAUAAAGUGAAAUAAACGUAUGACAUGAGAAUGAACUAUUCAUUGGUGUGAUAAAGUGAAAUAAACGUAUGACAUGAGAAUGAACUAUUCAAUGGUGUGAUGAAGUGAAAUAAACGUAUAACAUGAGAAUGAACUAUUCAAUGGUGUGGUGAAAUGAAAUAAACGUAUCACAUGAGAAUGAACUAUUCAAUGGUGUGAUGAAGUGAAAUUAACGUAUGACAUGAGAAUGAACUAUUCAGCGGUGUGGUGAAGUGAAAUAAAUGUAUGACAUGAGAAUGAACUAUUCAGUGGUGUGAUGAAGUGAAAUAAACGUAUGACAUGAGAAUGAACUAUUCAAUGGUGUGAUGAGGUGAAAUAAACGUAUGACAUGAGAAUGAACUAUUCAAUGGUGUGGUGAAGUGAAAUAAACGUAUGACAUGACAAUGAACUAUUCAAUGGUGUGAUGAGGUGAAAUAAACGUAUGACAUGAGAAUGAACUAUUCAGUGGUGUGAUGAAGUGAAAUAAACGUAUGACAUGAGAAUGAACUAUUCAGUGGUGUGAUGAAGUGAAAUAAACGUAUGACAUGAGAAUGAACUAUUCAAUGGUGUGAUGAAGUGAAUUAAACGUAUGACAUGAGAAUGAACUAUUCAAUGGUGUUGUGAAGUGAAAUAAACAUAUAACAUGAUAAUGAACUAUUCAAUGGUGUGAUGAGGUGAAAUAAACGUAUGACAUGAGAAGUGAAAAAACGAAGAAUUAUAGCGCAGGAAGGAAGUUGUCCCCAAUGGUGUGAUGAAGUGAAAUAAACGUAUAACAUGAGAAUGAACUAUUCAAUGGUGUGGUGAAGUGAAAUAAACGUAUAACAUGAGAAUGAACUAUUCAAUGGUGUGAUGAAGUGAAAUAAACGUAUAACAUGAGAAUGAACUAUUCAAUGGUGUGGUGAAGUGAAAUAAACGUAUAACAUGAGAAUGAACUAUUCAAUGGUGUGGUGAAGUGAAAUAAACGUAUAACAUGAGAAUGAACUAUUCAAUGGUGUGAUGAAGUGAAAUAAACGUAUAACAUGAGAAUGAACUAUUCAAUGGUGUGGUGAAGUGAAAUAAACGUAUAACAUGAGAAUGAACUAUUCAAUGGUGUGAUGAAGUGAAAUAAACGUAUAACAUGAGAAUGAACUAUUCAAUGGCGUGAUGAAGUGAAAUAAACGUAUAACAUGAGAAUGAACUAUUCAAUGGUGUGGUGAAGUGAAAUAAACGUAUAACAUGAGAAUGAACUAUUCAAUGGUGUGAUGAAGUGAAAUAAACGUAUAACAUGAGAAUGAACUAUUCAAUGGUGUGGUGAAGUGAAAUAACGUAUGACAUGAGAAUGAACUAUUCAAUGAUGUGAUGAAGUGAAAUAAACGUAUGACAUGAGAAUGAACUAUUCAAUGGUGUGGUGAAGUGAAAUAAACGUAUAACAUGAGAAUGAACUAUUCAAUGGUGUGGUGAAGUGAAAUAAACGUAUGACAUGAGAAUGAACUAUUCAAUGGUGUGGUGAAGUGAAAUAAACGUAUAACAUGAUAAUGAACUAUUCAAUGGUGUGAUGAGGUGAAAUAAACGUAUGACAUGAGAAGUGAAAAAACGAAGAAUUAUAGCGCAGGAAGGAAGUUGUCCCCAAUGGUGUGAUGAAGUGAAAUAAACGUAUGACAUGAGAAUGAACUAUUCAAUGGUGUGGUGAAGUGAAAUAAACGUAUAACAUGAGAAUGAACUAUUCAAUGGUGUGGUGAAGUGAAAUAAACGUAUGACAUGAGAAUGAACUAUUCAAUGGUGUGGUGAAGUGAAAUAAACGUAUGACAUGAGAAUGAACUACUCAAUGGUGUGAUGAAGUGAAAUAAACGUAUAACAUGAGAAUGAACUAUUCAAUGGUGUGGUGAAGUGAAAUAAACGUAUGACAUGAGAAUGAACUAUUCAAUGGUGUGAUGAAGUGAAAUAAACGUAUAACAUGAGAAUGAACUAUUCAAUGGUGUGGUGAAGUGAAAUAAACGUAUGACAUGAGAAUGAACUAUUCAAUGGUGUGGUGAAGUGAAAUGAACGUAUGACAUGAGAAUGAACUACUCAAUUGUGUGGUGAAGUGAAAUAAACGUAUCACAUAAGAAUGAACUACUAAAUGGUGUGAUGAAGUGAAAUAAACGUAUCACAUAAGAAUGAACUACUAAAUGGUGUGAUGAAGUGAAAUAAACGUAUCACAUAAGAAUGAACUACUCAAUGAUGUGAUGAAGUGAAAUAAACGUAUCACAUAAGAAUGAACUACUAAAUGGUGUGAUGAAGUGAAAUAAACGUAAGACAUGAGAAUGAACUACUCAAUGAUGUGAUGAAGUUAAAUAAACGUAUGACAUGAGAAUGAACUACUCAAUGGUGUGAUGAAGUGAAAUAAACGUAUCACAUAAGAAUGAACUACUUCGUAUGACAUGAGAAUGAAAUAUUCAUUGGUGUGGUGAAGUGAGAUAAACGUAAAGCAUGAGAAUGAACUAUUCAAUGGUGUGGUGAAGUGAAAUAAACGUAUAACAUGAGAAUGAACUAUUCAAUGGUGUGAUGAGGUGAAAUAAACGUAUGACAUGAGAAUGAACUAUUCAGUGAUGUGGUGAAGUGAAAUAAACGUAUGACAUGAGAAUGAACUAUUCAGUUUUGUGGUGAAGUUAAAUAAACGAACAGAGUAAAAUACACAAUCCAUCGUUGUGAUGAAGUGAGAGACGAUAUCCAAAACAAAUGGUCUGACGUAAGGCCAUGCAAAGAGCAAUGUGGUUGUUUUUUUGUUUUUUUUUAACUAUCCUUAAGUUUUAGCAAAGAAUAAAAUACAAAUUUAGAAGAUUCUUCUAAUGUCUAUAUCUUUAUCAGUAAAACAAAAACAACAUAUAUAUAUAUAUAUAUAUAUAUACUACGGUAGGAUUCCGUGCUAUUUAAUAAGCAUAGAAAGAGGGAAAAGACUGGGCACAAUUCUCUCACAAAAAAACGAAGAGUUAUAGCGCAGGAAGGAAGUUGUCCCCAAGUGCCGUGUAAAACCAAGCAGGAAAAUAAAUUCCGGCUAUGCGAAAUUGUGCUUUGGUUAAUACCGCAUCAAAGAGGUGAUUAGCAACAACAAGAAAAAUAUUUUUUUACAGUUCAGACAUUGUAAAGAUAUUAAAAUUAAUGGUGUGCCAUUGUUGUUGUUUGUUUGUUUUUUUUUUCAUCUUUUCAGGAAAUUCAAAUAAAUAGUUUUAAUGCUCUGAAAGCCAUUGGAAGUGCCCUCAAUACAUUUUAGUUUAGAUCCGUAAAUCUAUUUUCAAUGGUUUGAUCACUAAUUGUGCUUUAUUCUCUCUCUGUUUCCACUAGAAAUCGAACAUUCCCGUCAUCAUUGGAGUGUCUGGCGUGGUACAGGGCUUUAUCUUAAUGAUGCCUGCAGUCUUACAGUACACCAAUCCUUACCAACUGGAGAUCUUGUGAGUGCUGGGCAAAAUACAAAUAGAUGUAUGUAAAUUAUUUGAAUCUAGGUCAAAUACAAUCCAAUCUAUAUAAAAUAUUUGUUACUGGGAACCCCUUGACACGGGGGGCCCAUUGACACAGGAAAAAAAUAACACAUCAACACAGGAACCCAGUGGCACAGGAACCCAUUGACAAUGGAAUACAUCGACACAGGAGGCAUUGACUCGUAUUAUGAACUCAUACAGGAACCCAUUGAUACACACGCACAAAAAGCCAUUGACACACUCACACACACAUACACGGGACACAUAAAGGAACCCAUUUAAACAUACAGGAACCCAAUGACACACAUGAACCCUUUGAAAGACACAAGGACCCAUUAAAACAAACAGGAACCCACUGACACAUAACGAAAAACCCGUUCUCGCGCAUAGACCCAUCAGCGCACACAUCAAGUCAUGUACACACACAUGAACCCAUUGAAAAACAGAGGAACCCCUUGACACACACAGGAACCCAUUGAAACACAGGAACCCCUUGACACACAGGAACCAAACGAAACGCGGGGGAACCCAUGGACACAAACUGGAACCCACUUACCACCACAACUUGACCACACAUUAUUUUUUUUAAACAGAACUUCCAACAAUGAAUCUAACCAUAAUGAUAGCAGCUCCAAGUACACGUGCAAUGGUGGUCUCACUGGCACAGCAGGUCAUGGAAACAGCAACGCAUCUGAUGGCGCCAGCAGCGAAGAGGUACAGAAGAAAUAGUUUCAUUCAUACGUGAUAUCAGGGCUCGGGGAACGGUUUUUUUAAACCAGUUAUCGCAAAAAAUAUGUGUUUGCGCUGACGUCACCUCCUCGAUUUAAAAGGGAGAGGAUCGCAGAAUAUUUUAAAUUCAUCAUGGUUUAUUGAAUCUAUUUAUACCAGUGGUUCUCCAGCUCAACCUUCCUACUGCCGCGAUCCUUUGAUACAGUUCGUCAUAUUAUGGUGGACCCCCCCCCCCUCACCAUAAAAUUAUUUUCGAUGCUGCUUUAUAAAUGCAUGUUUUUCUACGGUCUUAGGCGACACCCCUGUAAGGGUCGCUCGACCACCAAAGGGGUUGAAAACCGCUCAUUUAUACGGAGACUACAAUCACAAAUUUAGAGGUUAUGCAUUAAAUGUUGUCAAAUAAAUCAAUAAGUGUCCUUGGGAUUUCUUUGAAAACUUUUCCCGCCUAAAUGUUUAUUAGGAAUGAUAUUGUUUUAUUUCUUUAACAAUAACAAUAAAAUUUGGGCUUUAUUAUGCCAUAAUAUUUUUGGUAAGUCUACGGGCUAAACCGAAUUAUGUGCUCCGUUACUGUAUUCAGUAGCGUGGGGGGAAAUAUUUUUUCACAAAUGGAUUUCAAUACGUAGGUUAAAUAGGUACGUUAAAUGGAUGGGUGGGAUAAAUAAUAAUAAUAAUAAUAAUAAAGUUCAUUUCAAAAACACGCUUCAUCCCCAAAGGCUCGAAGCGCGGUACAAAGUCAACAAAAAACAUAUCUAUAAUUUACCACAUUUAAAACAAACGCAACACUACAAAAACUAAUUACAAGCAACAAUCUCAAAGUCUUUCUUGCCAUUUCAACCCAGAGCAACACAGCCAUUAUACAUUAACUGGAAAAUAAGGUGGGGUUAAAUAGCUAGUUUAAAUAGGUAGUCUAAAUAGGUAUGUUAAAUUGGAAGGUUAAAUAGGUAUGUUAAACAGGCAGGAUAAAUGGGUAUUUUAAUUAGGAAUUAGCCUUUGCGGCUGUCUCCUCUUGUGCGAUUUUAAAAACUUUUUUUGCAGCUCUUGACACCUUCAUGCAUAAGUUAAACAGUAGUUCACUAUGUAUGAACACAAAAUGAAAAGUGGGCCCAUGAACCAAGCCUUCAGCCCACCGAAUUGUUAUGAAAACCACAAACUCGUUUCCACAUCUUAUAUAUUUACAUACAUGUAUCUCUCAGAGUGUGCCUUAUAAUAAGUAUAUUUUUAUAAUAUAGAAUGUGCCCUAUAAUAAUUAUCUUUUUACAAUAAUAGAAUGUGCGCUUUAAUAGUUAUCUUUUUACAAUAAUAGAAUGUGCCCUAUAAUAAGUAUCUUUUUACAAUAAUAGGAUGUCCCCUAUAAUAAUUAUGUUAUUACAAUAAUAGAAUGUGCCCUAUAAUAAUUAUGUUAUUACAAUAAUAGAAUGUGCCCUAUAAUAAUUAUGUUAUUACAAUAAUAGAAUGUGCCUUAUAAUAAUUAUGCUAUUACAAUAAUAGAAUGUGCCCUAUAAUAAUUAUGCUAUUACAAUAAUAGAAUGUGCCCUAUAAUAAUUAUGUUAUUACAAUAAUAGAAUGUGCCCUAUAAUAAUUAUGCUAUUACAAUAAUAGAAUGUGCCAUAUAAUAAUUAUGCUAUUACAAUAAUAGAAUGUGCCCUAUAAUAAUUAUGCUAUUACAAUAAUAGAAUGUGCUCUAUAAUAAUUAUGCUAUUACAAUAAUAGCAUGUGCCAAUUAAUAAAUAUCGUUUUCAAAGAUCAACGACGUCGCCUUCAUAGUGGUGUUGGCUAUGCAGGUGUUGAAAGGUGUCACGGACACAUUCCACUCCUUCUUCCUGCCACCUGUUUACAUGGACGACAAUGCCGUGGACAAGACCAAGAUGUCCAUUUAUAUGGGUCAGUAGACACGACGAAUUACCUUUCAGCUAUUUUACCAAAAUGGUCAAAUUACCUGCAUUAAUGUCAAACUUGGCUGAGAUUAAUGUCAUCUCAAUUUUUGUCACACUUGGCUGAGAUUAAUGCCAUCCCAAAUAAGUUUCAAACUUGGCUGAGAUUAAUGCCAUCCCAAAUAGGUUUCAAACUUGGCUGAGAUUAAUGCCAUCUCAAUAAGUGUCAAACGUGGCUGAUAUUAAUGCCAUCUCAAUUAGUGUCAAACGUGGCUGAUAUUAAUGCCAUCCCAAAUUAGUGUCAAACUUGGCUGAUAUUAAUGCCAUCCCAAAUUAGUGUUAGACUUGGCUGAGAUUAUCGCCAUCUCAAUUAGUGUCAAACUUGGCUGAUAUUAAUGCCAUCCCAAAUUAGUGUCAAACGUGGCUGAUAUUAAUGCCAUCCCAAAUUAGUGUCAAACUUGGCUGAGAUUAUCGCCAUCCCAAAUUAGUGUCAAACUUGGCUGAGAUGAAUGCCAUCCCAAACUAGUGUCAAACUUGGCUGAGAUGAAUGCCCUCCCAAACUAGUGUCAAACGUGGCUUUGAUGAAUGCCAUCCCAAAUUAUUGUCAAACUUGGCUGAGAUUAUCGCCAUCCCAAAUUAGUGUCAAACUUGGCUGAGAUUAACGCCCUCCAAAUUUAUGUUAUAAAUAAAACUCAUAGCAACACAUUCUUAGUGCCAAUUGUCAAGCACACUAACUUGAGAACCAGAUUUUUUAAAUACCAAAAAUAGAAAUGACUCCAAUUAUACAAACAAAAUACCAGACUCCAACAAAACAAAAUACAAGACUCCAAAAAAGCAAAAUACCAGACACCAACUAAACAAAAUUCGAGACUCCAACAAAACUAAAUACCAGAUUACAAAAUAAAAUACCAGAUAACAAAAUAAAAUACCAGAUAACAAAAUAAAAUAACAGAUAACAAAAUAAAAUACCAGACAACAAAACAAAUACCAGACACUAACAAAACAAAAUACCAGACUCAAAAAAAGCAAAAUACCAGACACCAACAAAACAAAAUACCAGACUCCAAAAAAAGCAAAAUACCAGACACCAACAAAACAAAUUACCAGACUCCAAAAAAAGCAAAAUACCAGACAUCAACUAAACAAAAUACCAGACUCCAAAAAAAGCAAAAUACCAGACACCAACAAAACAAAAUACCAGACUCCAAAAAAAAGCAAAAUACCAGACACCAACAAAACAAAAUACCAGACUCCAAAAAAAGCAAAAUACCAGACACCAACAAAACAAAAUACCAGACUAAAAAAAAAAGCAAAAUACCAGACACCAACAAAACAAAAUACCAGACUCCAAAAAAAGCAAAAUACCAGACACCAACUAAACAAAAUACCAGACUCCAAAAAAAGCAAAAUACCAGACACCAACAAAACAAAAUACCAGACUCCAAAAAAAGCAAAAUACCAGACACCAACAAAACAAAAUACCAGACUCCAACAAAACAAAAUACCAGACUCAAACAAAACAAAAUACCAGACUCCAAAAAAAGCAAAAUACCAGCCACCAACAAAACAAAAUACCAGACUCCAAAAAAAGCAAAAUACCAGACAUCAACUAAACAAAAUACCAGACUCCAAAAAAAGCAAAAUACCAGACACCAACUAAACAAAAUACCAGACUCAAAAAAAAGCAAAAUACCAGACACCAACUAAACAAAAUACCAGACAACAAAACAAAAUAUUAGAUUCCAACAAACCAAAAUACCAGACUCCAAGAAAACAUGCUAAGUAGAUUGGUAUGAUAAUAAAUGAAGAACUGUCUUGGAGGUAUUUGAAGGAAAUAGUGGAACAAGGAAUGUGGAAACUUGAAAUGUAAAGACAAGACUAUAAAAUGAGAACGUUUCGGCUAAGAGCCUUCCUCAGCAGACAGGACAAAAGGAGAAACAACAAGAAAUAGAAAACAGUUCAAAAUCUUAAGAGUUUGGAGUUUUGGCGUUUUUCCGACACCAAAUCUGUGUGCUAUCCAAACUAUGACACGAGGUAAACGAAGAGAGCAUGUAUCAUAACUGUGAAACAAACGAUUGCAAUGGACCAACAAAAAUUGAAACAUGUCAAAUAUAAGAAAUAAGAAAAUAAAAUUACUGUGAAAUAGGGGCAUGAAUUUGACCUGAAAUCAUCUCAUUAAGUUACCUUACAGUUUAUUUACCCACUAAUAUUUAGAUGUAUGACUUUGACAGACCUUCUCAUUAAGUAACCUUACAGUUUAUCUACCCACUGACAAUGAGAUGUAUGACUAUGACAAACCAUUUUAUUAAGUUACCUUACCGUUUAUCUACCCACUAAUUUUGAGAUGCAUGGCUUUGACAAACCAUCUCAUUAGUUACCUUACAGUUUAUCUACUCACUAAUAUUGAGAUACAUGACUUUGACAAACCAUCUCGAUAAUUGUUACUCUACGGUUAUCUACCCACUAAUAUUGAGAUGUAUGACUUUGACAAAUCAUCUCAUUAAUUGUUACUUUACGGUUAUCUACCCACUAAUAUUGAAAUGUAUGACUUUGACAAACCAUCUCAUUAAGUUACCUUACAGCUUGUCUACUCACUAAUAUUGAGAUGUAUGUUGUUGUUUUGUUUUUUUUUUGGAAAUCAAGAACGCAUAAGAACAUGAUGCAAUCACGUGUCAACAUCUUCCUCAGGUAUUCGUCAGCUAUUCUCCAACUUAGCACAACCUUUGGGCACAGAGAUUAAUGGAAUUCUGACUGAGAUCCCGGUGGACCUUAAAGGUAAAAGCAUUUACAGAGGACUGACAAUAUAUCUGACGUGUUAAGACCAGAUUAUCGAUUGGGACUUUAAUUUAACCUUAAAAGUCUGUGUCGUCCAAUGACUAGUCAUCGUUCAACUCCACUAACUCCGAAUUAUAUAUUAUGUCACUUUAAACAAAAAUGGUAUUCCAUUGCUUUUUAAACACGUUAAAACUACUUUCAAGCAGUGGUUCUCAAAGUGGUGGACUGCGGACCAGUUCUGCUCCAAGAGCCUUACGUUACCGCACUACAUGAGUCGACACAUUUUUGAACUAAGUUAAAUGUUACAUCGUUUGAGUCAGUUAUCGAAUCCAGCAUAUACGCGAGAUUGCCUUGAGCAUAAAAAUAUCCCGCAAUGCAAGUUUAAAUUUUUAAGAAAUCCAAAGCUACAAAGAAAAGCACAAACAAAUCAAGGCGAAACAAAUUUUAAAAGCAUAAAUAGGAUCUACAAAAUGAUGACUAAACCAACAAACCCACUGUGGCGUUUGUAUGGGGAAAAUGGGGAUACCAGAUAAAACACACAACAAUUUGACCAAGCGAACGAAGCUAAUUGCAGAUUGGGAAUGAACUAGAGCGCAAGCAUUUUCGGCUACUUUAAACAUAGUGAUGCCUAAACAUGCAAGUUUGUAUCUCUAAGUAUCGUGCCACACAACUACACCAUGUAUGCGACACAUUAACGUUUUUUUUUUCUAACUGGUAUUUAAGUUGUUUUUAUUUGAGAGCAGCCAUAAAAAAAAACUAAUAAGCUAUGCUAACAUCAAAUGGUAAUUGUAAUAGUUAAUAGAGUCUUGUGGGAUAUCGUGCCAUUUUAAGGUCCAUCUAAAAAAUAUAAAUAUUAGAAGUGGCACAGGUCCAAGGUGCGGUUGGAAACAUGUACGCCGUUCCGCCAUACUUGAAAGCUUUGGAAAAACUGCUGUAGAGUUUUAAAACUCUUGUCCAUCUAUUGAAUAAUUCCCUGUUUCAGAGACUCAGAUGAACCCCAAGGACAGCCGGUUCGUGGCCGCGUGGUGGCUCGCCUUCCUCAUCUUCGGUGUGGGCACCGUCAUCGCAUCGUUUCCGCUAAUUCUCUUCCCCAAGCAGCUCAUCUCCAAGAAGAAACAACAGAGGGCGCUGGAUAAAGCGACCGUCACCUUCGCGGGGGGUCAUGUCAAUGAACAGGAAGAAGAACAGGAAGCGGAGUAAGUGAAGAAUCUGUGCAGCUGAAUUUUUGUUUCACGUCUAAAAGUCCGGCGUUUGUUUUUAGUUUAAAAUUAAUAUUAUUGAUUAGUGACAUGUCUUGUUUUCCAGCCAACUGAUGGUGAUUUUUUUUAAAAAUGUCUUUAAACGGAUGUAACCAGUCGUGUCGCUAGGGUGAUGUGGUGUGCGGACCAUCCUGGUUGACAUCCUAGUUAUGGAUGACGCUGAAUGGAAAACUGAAAAUUUGACAUAGCUUGCUCCCGUCAUUUUCAUUAAGCGUAUCGUAGUUAAAUACAAGAACACGUGGCCAACAGAACAGGCUAUACCAACAGAACAGGUUGCCACGCCACCAGAGCAGGUUGCCACUAAAGCAAGUUGCCACCGGAGCAGGGUGCCACCAGAGCUGGUUUCGCACCCGAUCUGGUUGCCACCGGAGCCAUUUGUCACCAGGGGUCCGUGAUUCAUCCUCACCGGGUGACACCAAUCCUAAUGACGCAACCGGAUUAACGCUCACCAUUCCUUUCAGCAAUGUUACCGUUAAAAUCCCGUCGUUGAUUUCAUCCCGUAGGAAACCUAUCAUCGUGAUUACGUCAGAAGACAACGACUUCCUCUCUCCCGCUAAGAGACGCUUCAGCUUGCAGUCCUCUAGGAAAAACAGUAAUGCGUCCAACAGUCACCCGAGCAGUAGAAGGUGAGGUUAACUAAGGGGGGCUCGUGUUAAAAAAAAACCAGAGACUUCAAUGUUGAAUUAGAGGGCAUUUAAACUGUUGUAUACAGUUGAUAUAAUUAAAUGACAUUUAAACUGUUUAUACACAGUUCAUAUAAUGAAAUGCUGCUCCUCAGAAAUUGACUAACUGUAAUGCUAGUUAUUAGUUCCUACUGAAAUGUGACUUAAUCAAUCUUCUAUUCAGUAGGAUGUUCCUAAUGUUUUAGUUCAAAGAUUAUAUCAGCUUGUUUGUGGAAAGGGGGAGGGGGAGGUGGAUCUAUCUUAACUUUUCCCUUGGCAACCACUGCUGUUUUUAAAUGGUCAAACGUAUGUGGUCAAAAACCAAACCCAUAGAAGUCCAUACAAGUCCAAACAAAUCUUUUGCCUUAUUUAUUCAAGUUCAGCACACCUUUUUCUUAUAUUUUAUAUACACAACUUGAAUGCGUCCAUCAAUUAUUACAAAUCCAUACAAGUCCAUCGAAAUGUUCAUGGGAAACACAGCAAUAAAAUACACAAUUUAUAAUCGUACAACUAUUUUAGUGUUAAUAUCUGGGAGGGGGGAAUUUAAGGCUUCGUUUUUCAUAAUGAAAUCCUGUUGAUUUAUUUACAACUCUUAUUUUAAAAGAUGUAUUGACCGUUUAGAAGCGAGAUUUUAAAACAUUGCGUUGGUAUCUGUGGGACUGUUAAAGACUGGAGCUGACCUUGGCUAAAAUAGUAAAUAAAAAACAGAUCAAUGUGUAGUGCACCACUAUAGUUAAAAUAUUAUGUGAAAAACAUAGUCUAACUUUUUGAGAAUGUUCACUAGUCCGUGACGGACAUUUUAGUCGUUCUCACCAAAAGAUAUCAUAGUCUGACGACUGAAAUAAAAUUCACAUUUUCUUAGUCGGCGAGAGAAAGAAAAUUUCUGACGAAAUGAAAACAAAGAUAUGUAAUGUAUAAUUCAAUAUUAUAUCAUUCCCUUAAAAUCAUAUUUGUGUGAUUGCUCAGGGCGAGUUUGUUCCCACCCCUGGAAGGACCCACAGAACGGAAGGUCAGCUUGACCGGGGACAUCGUCUUCGCACAGACCAAGCGUCGUAGAAAUGAGCCUCAGACCAACGAAACUAGGGGCAAACAAGAGAGCAGCAUGAUGGAGCUGCUGAAAGGUGAGACGUUCUCCGCUGUACGCCAGUUCUUGCUGUUGUUUUUUUUUUAACUGGCAUCCGUCCGUCACAAAGGGGCGUUGGUGUAGACCUCGCGGGAAGAAAUCACAAGGCCUGGGAUUUUUUCUUUAGGAGGCAGCAAAUCGCCUGUCCCCACGCACCUGGUUAACCCAAGGGAACAUCACGUGUGAGUCAAACAGCUUGGCACCAUUAGCGUCGCAGGGGUUGCCGGAAUAUUCAUUGUGUCAAUGUUAUCCGCCUGCGGGACUCCAUCUCCGGUUUUGAAUUCAGAGUUUGCCGCCUUCUCUUAGAUGAGUUGCCGUCCAAGCUUAACGAUUCCCUUCCAGCCGGGGUGCUGGUGAUUUUUUUUUUUUUUGCUUGUCUUGGAGUUGGUGGGGACCACCCUCUAUUUCAGCGGUUCUCAACCUGUGGGUCGUGGCCCCUUAUCUUAGAUGAGUUGCCGUCCAAGCUUUACGGUUCCCUUCCUGCCGGGGUGCUGGUGAUUUUUUUUUUUUUUUGCUUGUCUUGGAGUUGGUGGGGACCACCCUCUAUUUCAGCGGUUCUCAACCUGUGGGUCGUGGCCCCUUUUGGGGGGGGGGUGUCACACGAUCCUUUCACAAGGGUCGCCUAAGACUAUCUGAAAACACACAUAGUCUGCAGUUAUAAAGUAUCAACGAAAAUAAUUUUGUGGAUGGGAUCGCCGCAACAUGAGGACCUGUAUUAAAGGUUCGCGACAUUAGAAAGGUUGAGAACCACUGCUCUAUUUAGAUUGAAUCAGUUUAGACCGCUAGGCCAACCAGCAACCUAUAUGCCACUAUUCAAGUUAAAUUCAAGAUAAUUAGUUUUCCACAAUAGAAAUUGGACCGUGGAUUUGUAGAGCUAAAUAUAAGAUCGCUUUUCUAAUCUAUUUUUUUUGGCAUUGGCAGAUCUUAAUUCUUCUCAAAAGUAGAUAUUAUAUGACAUCAUAUUGUGUUUGUUGCAGAUUUCCCACGUGCUGUUCUCCGUCUCCUCAGGUCUCCUGUGUACGUUCUGAUCCUAGUGGACAUUGCCAUCAUCUCCAUACCCAUGAAUGGGAUGUCCAUGUUUAGGAAUGUGUAUAUGGCCAAUGAGUACAAUAUCCCCAUGUCUCAGGUCUCGUACGCGUCAGGUAAUUGUCCUAAUGUGAACAUGGCUAAUGGCUAAAAUAUUCAUAUGUAGGAAUCAGUUCAAUAUGCGGCACUCUCCUGUAGCACUUUGGGGGCGGGUUGUUUUGUUUUGUUGUUGUUUUUUUUAGGGGGGGGGGGGGGGUUGUUUAAUUUUUUUUGUUGAAGGUAGAGGGGAGGGGGGAGGGGUUGAUUAAAUUUUCUUCAUGCAUAUUGGACCAUAGAACAUAAAAUUGAGCUAAAGCAGCAAAAAAGAAAAACGGGAAGCAACUCAUGUAAUAAAAAGAAAUAAAAUUAAACUUUACUAAAGGGAAGCAGCUUUCCAUAAUUUCACGAAAUGUUGCAUAUGGGAAGGAACUCAUUUGAAAAAGACGAAACAAAUAAUCCUCAAAAGAUAACUUCAAUUCCCUCAAAGAUGAUGUUGCCAUAAACCGAAACGAUUUAUUAUUUAUUUAUUUAUUUAACUUGUAUAGUUAUAACGCGUUUAUUUAAAGUGUCAUUUCGUUCUUAUUACAAGCUUUCUUCUAAAGGAUAACUCAUGUGUAAGCUUUUACAGGUCCCACCGACUGUAAGCGUACUUAGAGUAUUCAAUUUUGUGAAGGGGCUUCCUGCGAUUCUGAUGCACUUUUUAAAAAUAAUAAAUAAAUUCUUUAAAUCCAUCCAAUCACAGGCAUCAGUACUGCCGUUGGCCACAUCACUGGGACGGUGGCCAGCUCCUGGUUGGCAAGUCGAGUCCACUCCAAAUUCGGGUACCUUUACAUCAUGCUGGCCUCGUACCUUGUCCAAACCGGCCUCAACCCCCUCUACAUCAUCUUCGGUUGUGGCAAUGAACAAGUCUUUGGCGCCACAGGCGAAUAGUGAGUUGUUCUGUUUUGUUUUUGUUCUUUCCCAAGAUCGAUGUAGACGACGCCUCCUUGGUUGUGCUCUGACAGCUAGUGUUUUAGUUCAUCAUGACCGUUUUCACUUUAAACACGGUUUUGUCGACCAAGAAUGCUUGCAUCCCCAUGGGGUGAGUGGGGUGCAUUUAAGGGGGUUGCGAGAAAAGGGAGAUUAUAAGAUCAAAGAAGGCAUUAGCUUUUAAUAUCGUAUAUUAUAUGAGAGAGAUUAAAAGAUUAGAUUAGACAUUACCUUUUUAGUUAUGAUUUUUUUUUUUUUCUUUUUUUGAAUUCAUCCACUCAUUUUCUUGUUUCUACAGUUUUUCUUGCAACUCACUACGUAAAUCAGAAAAAAAAAAUUUAAGAGUGUUUGGGACUAGUCAAAUAAUUGAUAGGGUGCGGGGAGCACAGAAAAUGUUGGGAAACCCUAAUUUAAAGUGUCAUUUUUUUCCCUACCUUUUUUGUUAACUUUCGGAUCUUUGACAAAAGCAUUUUCUAUGCGUGCCUGUCUGAUUCAUCUGGGUAAUUUUUUUCUUUUUUAAAAUAAAUAUUUUGUUUAUACAAUUCAUUUCAGCGGCGUUCCUAUCAACGACACAGACAGCUGCAACUGUACAGCAGCCAAACAGCUGAUAUCUUGCGGCAGUGACGGCAUGAAUUACCUGUCCCCGUGCUUCGCAGGUUGUACCGGUGUUGAUGGGAAGGUGGGUUGGCUUUUAAGGCAUACAUGCGUGUGGAUGUGAAAAGUGCGUGGGGUGUCUCGGCGCUUCCAGCUGGUACAGGUAGGCUCAGUUAAGGUCAUCGGGUCAGUCGGGGUCAGUCAAGAGCACGUCGGGUCUGUCAGGUUCAUUCAGACACGGUCAGGUCAAAUCGGAGACAGUUAGGGUCAAUCCAGUCAGUCAAUGACAGUUAAGGUGAGUCAAUGACAGUUAUGGUCAAUCGGGGUCUUCAGAGAUAUUCCUUUUUUGAAAUAAUUUAUAAUCAACUUCUGGAAUCUACGUUCAAAAAUCUUUGUAUUAAACUCUGUCCAGCUCUUCACCGAAUGCUCGCGCCUGAUGAACACGACGUCGCCAGCGAUAGUCACGCCGGGUCUCUGUAAUACGGACUGCUUCAACAACUUCCUCCUCUACACAGGUCUUCAUGGGGUGCAGUACUUCGUGGAAGGUGCCUCCAUGGUGCCGCGCAAUCUCCUCAUUUUAAGGUAAAUACAACAAACCAGAACCGAUUACCUAUUUUUUUUUUAUUUAAUUAAAGUACAUAUUAUAUCUCUCCCCAAGUGGGACAGAAGGAGUCCUGCGUGGUUUGAGAUUUUAAGACUCCGAAGCUAGCUUGCAGUUAAUUGUGCGUGGGAGAUUAACUGGCCUCAUAUACUCUUCGGAAAUUAUAAGCGAUGCCAGUUUAGGGAAAAAUUUAAUCCGACUGAAUCCUGAUAACCUGAAUACUUUCUCCCUAGGAAACCUAUUAUUAUACUGAUGACAUUAGAUAACAAUGACAAGGUUCUGAGCGGAAUGGUGAUUAUAUACAUUAGAUGACAGUGAUAAGGUUCUGAGCAGAAUGUUGAUUUCAUUAAAUGACAAGGUUCUGAGCGAAAUGGUGAUUUCAUUAGAUGACAAUGACAAGGUUCUGAGCGAAAUGGUGAUUACAUUAGAAGACAAUAACAAGGUUCUGAGCGGAACAGCCAUUACAUUAGAUGACAAAUUAAUCAGCUUUUUAUCCUUUUUUUUUUUUAAAGUAAAAGCCUAUAUUUAUAUUUUGAGUACACAGCACGAUAUGUCUUAUAAUGUUAAACACGUAUAUUUACUUGUGUAACAAUAUCUUUAGUAGAGGAUUGGAAAAACGAUUAUUCGGAGAAUCCUAAAAAUGGGAUAAGCCGGAAACGUACAGAAUGAAACCAUCAUCCCAGAGGGGCUGUGGUCGGGAAAAGUUUGCGAACCUCUGAUUUAAAUUAUUUAAAAUAUUUUGCUGUCGUAACUAAAAAAAAAUUGUCACAAUUUUUUUUUCUUUCUUCAGAUUAGUUGACCCACGUGACCGAGCAUUCGCCAUUAGCUUCUUCAUGUUCUUUAUGAAUGUCAGUAAGUUGUGAAAUAAGUUGUUCUUUUGAACAAAGUAAUGGUUUUGUGUGGGCGCGUGUUAACAAAGUAGUUCUCUUGAACAAAGUAAUGGUUUUGUGUGGGCGUGUGUGAACAAAGUAGUUCUUUUUAGCAAAGUAAUGGUUUAUUGUCUCGUCACACCUAAAAAGAAAUCAAAACAUUCAUAAAAUGUUCAUAACUAAACUAAGAUUUUAUUUUAUUCUUUAACAUUUUCCCAUUAUGGAUUAAGAUGUAAUAUUUUUAGAAAACUGUUGCGCAAAACAACGAAGUCAUCCCUGAGCCGAAUGUAAAAUGUCCAAAACAGUUGACUGAGUUUCACCUAUAAUACCUGGGGCAAUUCGACCUCAAAUUAAUGGGGUUUUUUUUAAUUAAUUGAAUAAAGAUUUUUUUUUCAAAACUAACAAAAAAAUUAGAUUUGUUAAAUAUAUAUAUAUAUAUAUAUAUAAUAUAAACAAAUAUUUUUUUUUUAAAUGAGACGUUACAAAUUUUUUACUCCCCACUCCCCUCUCACAAAGUGUCACAAAUGCUUUAUCCCCUCCUCCAUCCCCCCCUCACAACCCCCGAUUGUGACGUAAUUAGAGAUUGACCUCCUAUUAAAUUUAGGUUAAAGUUCAAGAGCUUAAUAAAAUUCUAAUAUUAAUAAUAAACCUAAUCACUCAGUCCUAAAUCCUUAUGAACAAGUUCUUAUCAUUGUGAUUUCAGUAAGUAUCCCUUCGCCAAAUAUUUUUGGAUCAAUCAUUGAUGACACUUGCCUGAUCUGGGACAAAGAUUUUUGCCAGCUGUAUGACAGAGACAAAAUUAGGUAGUGUACAAAUGUAAUACGUUAAACUUAUGUUUUUUUUAACACAAUAAAGAAUGAAGGGGUGUGGUGAAAUCUGUAUCCAGAAAUUUGAUCGAAAGAAAUUUCGUCGACGGUAAAUUGAUCGAAGGGAAUUUGAUCGAACGGAAUUUUGGUCGAACGCAUUAUUUUGUUUUACCAGAUAGUAUAGUGCGUUCAAAAAGAAAUUUGACAAAAAUGUUAACGUGUGAACUGAAGAAAAAAAAAGGUUCGACCAAAUUUCCGUUCUAUCAAAUUUCCGUCGAUCAAUUAACCGUCGACGAAAUUUCUUUCGAUCAAAUUUCCGGUAACCGGUGAAAUCAGAGUGAAAGACGUAGCUGAGAAAUUGUUUUGCUUUCAUUAUGAACUAUGAAAUGGGAUAUCAUUUGUAUCGUUGGAACAUUAAUUUCUGGUCAGUUCGUUGGUUUUCAUUGUCUUUUCUUGGUGUCAUCGAGUCUUCUUGUUUCUGGUAUACAACUAUAUAAUGUGUUUGUACUUGUUUUCUUUCAAUGCCCAUUAAAGAUAAGAUAAAGUUGCGGUGCUGGAUAUUAGCAUACUUUUCUCUCUCUAAUUUUUUUCUGGAUCUGUUGGGGAUAAUCAAAAGAAACAAUUCUUCAGAUUGCUUUUAAUGCCAGCGAGAUGCUUGUUUGGGGUGGAAACUUCUACUUUUCUUGAAGUUGAAAGUAUAGGAAAUCUUGAAAUUAUUACAUAGUGGUUUUUUUUGGUUUUGGUUUUUUUUUUUUUUUUUUUUGGUUUUUUUUUUUUCUUCCAAAGAUUUAAUCCUAACAACCAUGAAUAUUUUUUGUUUGGGCUUGGUUUUUUUUUUAAAAAAAGGUUUCUUUUUUUAUUUUUUUUUUUUUUUUUUUUUUUGUUUGUUUUUCUUUUUUUUUUUUUUUUUUUUUUUUUUGGUUUUUUUUUUUACAUCCAAAGAUCUAAUCCUAACAACCAUGAAUAUUUCUUGUAUGGGCUUGGUAUUUUUUUUAAAAAAAGGUUUCGUUGUUUUCUGUCCUCAGAUACCUUUUGUCUGGUGUUGAUGUGGGAAUCAACUUGAUGGUCAUCUUGACACUGUGCCUCAACAUCUUGCUCUUCCGCUGGGAAAAUAAAAAGCUUCGGGAAAAGCAGGAGGCGGAAAAAUUGGCAAACGAACAAAAAACUGAAUUAGAGAAUGACGAAAAGGAAGUGCAUCACAAGUUCUAAAAGGAAACGCCAUUCUUAAAUGAUAGGUCUACUACUUAGAAGAACUAACCCCAAUAAAUAUCUUCUAUUUUUUUUUCUUUUCACUGAUAUUAAUUAUGUUUACAGGUAUACAUUUAAUUUAGAAUGUUUGUAAAUCCGUUUCACAAUCUCUAUAGUUUUUUUUUGUUUUCAAAUGACCACCUAGCAAAAUGAAAUUGAUGCAAAUGUCAUAGCUGAAUAACAUUAUUGAUUUUUUUUUAAUUACUUUUUUUUUUUUUAAAUAUAGGACCACCGUUCCCUCCAAGUUUUGCUGUUUCGUGUGCAAAAUCAUACGGUUGUGUGCAAAGUUUUACAGCAUCAAUUUGUUUGUGAGAAAAUUGUUACAGCCCACAAACACACACACGUAACUUUGCUGCGCGGAUUCUCAAAACUGCUGCGCGGCGUCUGUGAGAUAGCUGCGCGGCAGCGCGGCCGCGCAGCUUAAAGGGAACAUUGGAUAGGACCACAGAUUUUUAAAGUAAAAGUGUGAUGAAAAGAAUAAGAACUCAGUUUACCGAGAGAAAUAGCUUUCAUUUUUAAUAAAUUAUAAAAAGGGGGUUGGUGGGGUAGGAGGGCGUUUAAGCCGUGUAAAUUACAUUUAAAAACUUUUAUUUAUUUUUUUUAAACCUAAACUUAUCUUUUUCCAAUAUUUAUUUUUACUAUCAGGUAAAUUAUAUUAAAUAGAAAUUUGGAGUGGCUCUACUAACACAUUUAGCUAAUGGGGAAAGUAAAGAAGACCAAAAAGUAUUAAAAUGUGACGAACUGAACGAUAGUCUGUUGAAGUACAAUUAAUAAGAAUGUACAAUUCAUGUAAAUGUACAAUUAAUGAAAAUGUACAAAUAAUGUAAAUGUAAAAUUUUCCUCCUGCGGGGAAAAUAUGAUUUCUCCCAUUUUUAAACUGGUAUCAAUGAGAUGUUAUUUAAGUGUUUCGUGAGACUUGCUGUAUUUUGCACCCACGGACGGAGGAGAGUAUGUCAAUGAGGUGGGCUGGAUCUGGACAGCAAGCAGAGUAUCAUAACGCAUGCCUGUUUGAAUCCAUCACCGUACAAUUUAUGCAUGUAUUCAAUUGACAAAUUGAAAUAUUCUCAAAAUACAAUUGCAUCAAUUGCACCAUUCCGAUAUCUAGUUCUGUCUCCUUUAUUGCUUUCAUACAUUAUUUCUAAGUAUAUUAUUCACCAAAAGACGUAAAAAGUAUUUUUUUUAAAUUUAACUCCACUCAGUGACAAAUAUAUUUCUGCUCCCUACAGUGCCGGCCUAAUGUAAACUUUUGCCCUGUGCGAAGCUCCCGUUCUGCGCCCCCUUCCUUUUCCCAGUAUGGUUCCGCUCUUUUCCCAAUAAUGACGAAGACGAUGGAGCAUGAGGACUUUUUCUACUUUGCGCUUGUGAUUUUGUGCCCCGAAAGCUUUUUGUUCCCCAUAUUCUUUCUGCUGAAAUAAUUAGCAGAGGGCCAAGGAAAAACGGUAUUAAUAAAUUAAUUUCCACACCCUUUCGGUUGGUCCCAACCCAAGUGUUGGUAUCCACAUUCAUUAUACAUACGAAAACUCAUUGUUUGAAAAGUGAUAGGGCGAAAAUAUAGAAUACCGUUUCCCCAUCCCGGACCCGAGGUUCAUACUUCACUAUAUUAAACUAAUGGAAAUUAUAUAUUUACUGGGCGCCCCAGGUGCCCUGUUAGAGGGCACAAGCCGCAUACCCUAAAGGCGGGCGUUGGCUCUCUACGUAUAAAAACAGAUUCGAGAUUUAUUGUUAAGUACAGUGCGGUUCCAGAAGAGAGAUCAACGGGUUUUUUGUUUUUUUUUAAUAAUUCUCUAAUAGGAUUGAACAUUCUAUCUGGCACAGGUAGCCCGGAGAUAGUUCUUAUCGCGAAACAUUGUUGAAAACGUAAGUGUAACAAUGUGAUACUGGUGUUACAUCAAAGCGAUGGUCACGGCACGUCUUUCGGUGGUUUGUAAUAAACAAUUUUGCAAACUUCUGAAAUGGUCUUCGGUGUACUUUACAAACAUUUUUAUUUUUUUUUAAAAUCAGGUAACAAGAAAACCGCCAUUUUUAUUUGAUCUUUUGUUUCGGUAAAUCUCACGUGUGCGCAUUAGCUAAAACAAAGUAACCUUUUCAAAUUUGCUAUACUCUCUAAUUCAUUCAGUAUAAUAAAAAAGUAUGAAGUAUACGCAUAUAGGAAUUAAAACAGUUUUUUCCACUGUCUUCCUCUAACAUGGUUGUUCAUUAAUGUAACUGCCAUCAACUAGAACACAAUUAGUGUUUAUCUACAUAAGUCCCAGUCACUGUGUCGUGUAUCAGUAUCAGCUUCCCACGUGUCAUCAUGGUAGAACGCUUACAAAAACGUUUGUUUUGUUUUAAUUAGCAUUUAUUAGAUUUUUGUUUUCGAAUUGUUGGGACUAAUUUUUUUUUUUUCAAAUAGAUUCUAUCGAUUUGGUUAAAUAAAUAUGUUAAAGUUUGGCGAAGAUGCAAUUUCUAACUGAUUAGAAGAUUUUUUUUUUUUUUUUUUUUUAGUUUUAAAUUUCGAAACAAACAUUUCAAUCAAAAUUCGUUAAUGUUGAAUUUAAUUUUUAUACUAUUUCAUUCAGAUAAAAAUCACAUAUUAAAAUAUACAUGAUGUCUUUUGUAAACAUCUCAUGUCUUCUUAUCAUCAUUAUUAUGCUAUUGUUAUACUAUUUUUUUUUUAAAAGUGACCAGCAUAAAAAAGCCCAUAAGAUCUAAAGUUUUCUGAAAAACACUAUUCAUUUUUGUUUUAUCUCUGGUAAAACUUGGAAAUAUUAA